GUUGGAGCGUCUGCCAGCCCAGCAGCUCAGUAUCGCCACGAAAAUACACAACACAGCCACACGGCGUCGCACCAGCACACCAAGCCCGCGCUAAUACAGCUGCGGCUCCUCUUUUUGGGUCGCUUUCAGUGCCGUGUUCUGUGGGGAUCUGUGUCCGAUUUUUUUCUCUCUCUCUCGGUGGGGGAAUGACCAGCCAGGUCGGAGGAGGGAUUGUAUAAGGGGUCGCAGCCCAUGUGAAGGUGAUGCGAGAUGGUAGGUCGAGAUGACGAAGGUUCGGACAAUAUUUGCCGCGGGGGAGCAUGACAACCAUUACCAGGAGAGAAUCCCUGUGGCAAGUCCUGGCCGACGCGACCGAAAAGGCUGGUCUUGGUGACCGAAGGUGUCGACUGGUGCAAUCGUAGACUGUGACAUGUAAACGGCACGAGUUCUAGAACCCCAAGUAAUCCGGCACUGUUGUUAAUCAAUAAAACAAGUAAAUAAUCAACAAGAAAGUGACACUAUUUUUUAAGAGAGAAAAUAAGGUUGCUUGUAGAUACGUGGUACACAAUGUAACUCAAACACAGGAUUAAACCCGAGGGAACCUGCCUAUCUUUCUUUUGCUCUAUGUGUUUCGCGAUACCCAGGCACAUCUCCAGCCAUGUGUGAAGUGAAUAAGGUGCAUUUGUGUAGUAAGAGUGGGCGUAAUAGUAUUAGCAGUAGUAGUACACUCGAAAGAUCCCCUCACAGACCGCCAGAAAUCAAUCCUGGCGCGGGGAGGAAGAGCCCCCAGCAGCGGCGAGUCUGGAGAAGGAGAGGCAGCCUUUCGCCCCGCAGUGUGGCGUCGCCCCGCGGGUACAUGUUCUGGCUCAGCCUCCUGAUGGUGAGCUCCAGCAGCAGCAUGCGGCUCGUGUCCUCCGCCACCAAUAUAGAUUCACGUUCCUUAGGGAUGAUGUGUGACUUCGAGGAGGAGGGCAACUGCGUGUGGGACUGGCAGACGGACGUCCCCGGCGCCGCCUCCUUCGAGCGGGUGUCCGGCCAACAGAUCACCGACAGGGUCAAGGAAUCGCCGGGGAACCACACGGGACCUGACGAAGACGCCGACGGGAACAGAGAUGGCCACUUCCUGUACCUGGGCUUACCCGUGGGGUCCGCCAGCACCAACAACACGUGGCAGGUGAAGUCCAGGUGGUUGGAAGCCAGCGGGAAGAACUGCCGAGUCGAGGCCUUCUUCAACGUCUGGUCCAUGGAUGAUGCUGCUACUUCAUUCAAGAUUUUAGUCGAGAAUAGCAACUACACGAGCAUCACCGCGGGCGUGGACAUCGGCCGAGCGAACGAGACGGGGAAGUGGAAGAAGAAGACGCUGUUCAUCGGGCGCAUCCCCAAGAGCUUCCGGAUGGGCAUCGAGAUCUACCUUGGCAACAGCCGCCCGACGCACGUGGCCAUCGACAACAUUCAGCUGGUCGAGUGUUUCAGCGACCACCCAAGCGAUGUGUGCGACGCCCUCAAGUGCACUACGGGCGAAUGUGUUAUGAAGGACUACGUGUGUGACAUCUCUAAGGAUUGUCCGUUGGGGGAGGACGAGGCGAAUUGUGAAAAAUUACCGAAAGGCGCCCGCUGUGACUUCGAAGACGGUUGGUGUGGAUGGGACAAUAAACUGAACACGGAUGACACGGACUUCAAGAGACAUCGCGGGCCCACGGAGAAGGAACACACGGCCCCGAGCUUCGACCACACCACCAAGAACCAGUCGGGCUAUUACUUGCUGAACAUCCUGCCGAAAGAGGGUCGACUGGGUGACAUCGCGGACGUCGAGUCCCCUUACUUCGACCCACCCCCUUGUUACCAUGGCAACCCCGACUCGCCAUACUACGAAUCUUGUAGGGUCCGCCUCCACUACCACAAGCUGGGCAAACACCAGGGCAGUUUGUUCAUCCGGGUACACGAGGACGACCCCCGGGGUAUGCAGGACCUCGUCUACAACCUCGACCAGAUCCACGGCGACAAGGGCGACAUCUGGCACCGAGCUUCCUACCCUCUGCCCGCAGGAGUCCACAACAUGUACAAGAUCGUGGUGAGCAACGUGAGGGGUUCCAGAUUUUACGGUGACCUCGCCUUCGAUGACUUCAGCCUGUCGCAGGAGUGUUUCGGGAAAGGCGUUCCUCCUGAAGCAAUGAUCUGUCCUACGCCGCCAGCAACAGACGAAGCCCCAAUUCCGACCUUCACUACGUACACACCGCCAGAGGGAAAAGAAGUAUGGGUGGUGACUACGUGCGGCGCCACAGGCCAGAAGGGACCCACAGCCAAGAUGUGUUCGGAGGCUUACCAGCGUUUCAAGCCUCCCCUGCCGGCCGUGCUGCCCUCCUCUCCUCUCCCAGGCACGCAGACGUUCAAGAUACCGAGGGAUGGUUAUUACACGGUAAUCGCCAAGGGAGCGAGCGGGGGCGCCGGCGUGCAGACGGAGGGCCUCUCCACCCAGGGCGCCGUGGCCAGGGGGACCUUCUUCUUCGAGGCUGACACCGAGCUCUAUAUCCUGGUGGGGCAGGAGGGCACGUCGGCGUGUAAGAAGGACCAGGCUGUUCACACGCCCGAGCAACGCGACAUCUGCAACAAGAAAAGCCCCCCAGACCUCGACGGCUUCGACAACCCGAUCACCAAAAUCCGGUUGGCUUCUGUCUUCAACCAAGGCGGGGGAGGCGGAGGGGGAGGAGCCUCGUAUGUCUUUAUGAUGGACCCGAUAACGGAAGCGCCCAAGCCCCUGGUGGUGGGCGGAGGCGGCGCUGGCUUGGCUUGGACACCGGCUGAAAUCACGCCCCUCCAGCACGGGCGGCCAGUCAACAUUUCUCUCUACGAAAGCCACGGCCACGCUUUCUACAACAACUCCGACACGGGAGCUGGUCCUGGCGGCGGAUGGAUCGGCAACCGCAAGAGAGGAAUUGAAGGCCAGUCCCUCGUGCACGGGGGGAUGGGGGGAGAUUCCUGCGUCCCUGCGGAUACGUGGAACACAUAUGGAGGGUUUGGGGGAGGCGGUGGAGGAUGCAUUGCCGGAGGAGGCGGUGGGGGAUAUACAGGUGGCAAUGCCUAUUCCGGGCCGUAUCGCCAUGGAGAAGGAGGCUACAGCUAUACUUCGGGAGAAUUCGAGCACGUCACGACUACCCGUUAUAAAGGACCCGGCGUUGUUUACAUAAUCCCCGCUGUUCGGGGUGACUGUGGCUGUGACUACAUGUGUGUCUACCUGGACGAGAACCUCAGGGAAAAGCAGUGCAUCUGUGCUGAAAACUGGAUCUUGAGCACAGACAACUACACCUGCAUUUCGGAGACCAGUAGCCUCAUGUGGCACACAAUUUACCCGAUCAUCAUCUGCCUCUUCAUCAUCGUUAUCAUCUUCAUCUCCGCCAUGUCGAUCUGCUGCUACAACCGGUACCAACGCAAGAAGUUCGACCUCAUGCGCCGCGAGUUUUCCCGAGGGCCCGACGACCAGCUGCACACAAUCCGGGCCGAGUCGCGCCGUAUGGUCACCGAGUACAACCCCAACUACGAAUUCGGAGGAGGAACUUGCACCAUCAAGGACCUGAAAGAGAUACCCAGGGAAAACCUCACCCUCGUCAAAGCUCUUGGCCAAGGAGCAUUCGGCGAGGUCUACCAGGGAUAUCUGAAAAACUAUGCUGGAGAUUCAGUCGAGAUGCCAGUGGCGGUUAAGACCCUCCCGGAGAUGUCGAGCAACCAAGCCGAGAUGGAUUUCCUGAUGGAGGCCCUUAUCAUGUCCAAGUUCGACCAUCCCAACAUCGUUCACUUCAUCGGCGUGUGUUUCGACAAGCUCCCUCGCUUUAUCGUGCUGGAGCUCCUGUCGGGGGGAGAUCUCAAGAGCUUCCUGAGGGAGGCGAGACCGAAGCCGGACCGGCCCUCCGCCCUUACUAUGAGAGACCUGCUGACCUGUGCCAUGGACGUUGCUAAGGGCUGUGAGUACCUGGAGGAGAACCACUUCAUCCACAGGGACAUCGCGGCGAGGAACUGUCUCCUGACAACGAAGGGACCGGGAAGAGUGGUCAAGAUCGCGGACUUUGGCAUGGCCAGGGAUAUCUACAGGAACGACUAUUACCGCAAAGGAGGCAAGGCGAUGCUCCCUGUCAAGUGGAUGCCUCCGGAAGCCUUUCUCGACGGUAUCUUUACCUCCAAGACAGAUGUGUGGUCAUUCGGUGUCCUCCUGUGGGAAGUGAUGUCCCUGGGUUACAUGCCAUACCCAGGGCGAGGCAACCAGGAGGUCAUGCAGCUAGUGACCAACGGAGGUCGUCUGGAGCCGCCUACGAACUGCCCAGGACCCGUGUAUAGGAUCAUGACUCAGUGUUGGCACCCUAUACCCGACGAGAGGCCGUCGUUUACUACUAUUCUGGAGCGGCUUGGCUACUGCAUACAGGACCCUGACGUCGUGAGCCACGCGCUGCCGGUGUUCCAGCGGCCUCCGUCUGCCGAGCGCGACGCCACCGUGAUGCGGCCGCUGGACAACGACGCCUGCCUGACGGUGUCGCGGCGGUCGGACGAGCCGCAGAGCCCGGCGUCCACGGACUACCUGAUUCCGCUGCCGUCGUCCUACUCGCUGGCCACCGUGCGCUCCGAGAUGAACUCGACGCCGUCGCUGGAGUCGGGCGCCGACUGCUGCCAGCUGGAGCGCCUGCUGGCCGAGGAGCCGCCGCCGCCGCUGCCCACCUGGGAGACCAGCUUCACCACCGAGCCGGCGCCGCCCGCCUCGCACCCGCGCAGCAAGCCGACGCCGCCGCCCGCGAGUAUGGCCGCCCGUGCGCCCUCGCACGCCUCCGCCAGGAUGGCCGAGUCGCAGUCGUCGCAGCCGCUGCUCAAGACCUCGCCGCCGACGUCGCCGCGGUCGCAGGAGGCCCGCGAGCGCCUCAUGCGGCCCGGAGAGCGCCCCGAGCCCGCGCCCAUGAUCCCGCUGCAGGCCGUGGGCGCCGGCCGGGAGCGCCCCCGCCCGCACCACCACUACCACCCGCAUCGCUACAACAACAGCGGCAGCAGCAAUAACAGUAGCAGUAGUAACAGCAGCAGUAGUAACAGUAGCAGCAGCGGUAGCAGCAGCAGCAGCAGCAGUACGCUUCCGCUGGACCCGACGACGCUGCCGACGUGCAUCCCGCCGCCGCUGCAGUACGUCAACGUCGACGUGAAGCUGCGGUCGGCGGAGUACGACCGCGAGCCCUACCACAUCCACGAGACGCGCGAGCACAGGGAGAUCUCGUGCUAGGCUCCCCGCGCCCGCCGCCCGCCCGCCCGCACGCCCUCGGCCCUCCUCCCUCGGCCCCGCCGGCGCCACCGGCUGCGUCCUGCCGCCGACUCCCCAAGCGACAAUAUCCCUUCCUGGCUCAGUACAGCUCCCGGGCCUUACCUCAGGGAGUCCGGUUCCUUGCCUGAGCCGCUUGCAUCCUGACCUCACCCCCUCAUUCUCCUCUUCCUGCAUCGGCGGAGGGAGGAGAGGCGCCGGAAGCAGCGCCCUGGCGACAGCUUUCCCCUCUUCGGUUUAUCUCUCCCUUGCCCCUUCGUUCUCCCUCUCUGCUGCUCCUUCCUCCUUCUACCAUUUCCCCUCCUCUUCCUCUUCCUCAUUCUCCUCCCCUUCCUCAUCUCCUCCUCCUCCUC